AUGGAACAGGUGCUGAGUGAUGGUGCGGAAGCUGAGAUGUUGUUUAGUGAUGCUAAACCUGCGCCUCUAAAGUCGAUUGAUAUUAGUCUGGAUGCAAUUGCGGCCUUGCAGGCGGCGAAUAUUGACUUAGGCUUAGCAUUAUCGGCCGAUGAAAUUGACUAUCUUGCGGAAAACUAUUCUGCCCUACAGCGUAACCCGACUGACGUAGAGUUGAUGAUGUUUGCUCAAGCCAAUUCUGAGCAUUGUCGCCAUAAAAUAUUUAAUGCCGAUUGGAUUAUUGAUGGCAAAGUCAAAAACAAAACUCUAUUUGGCAUGAUUCGUAACACCUAUCAUCAUUCGCCAGACGGGGUGCUAUCGGCUUAUAAAGAUAAUGCCUCGGUAGUAGAAGGCUCUGAAGCAAGUCGUUUUUUCCCUGCUUCAAACACACAAGAAUAUGCUUAUCAGCAAGAAAAAGUCCACAUGUUGAUGAAGGUGGAAACGCAUAAUCAUCCUACCGCAAUUUCACCUUUUCCGGGUGCAGCAACGGGU